UAACAGCCCAAAAAGCCGCUUCUACACAACCUUAAGCUAACUAGCUCCGCCCAGUGAUAUUUUGGUAGCCUAUCAAUACUGGCAUUUAAAGGCUCGUUCGGUUAUGCUACAAAUGAUUUAUUCAUUGUCUACAAGUCUCCCGCAGUGCUGCAUUGACUUUGGAGAUAUAUCGCAUUAGUUGGUGGGCGUUAUUUUCUCUAGAGUGGUGGUGGCGGGGGUAUGGCCGAUAGCCUACUGCCCUAGCAACACUACAUAGCAAACCUUUUGAAACAAUGUUACCUGACAGGUUGCGGGGUUUGCAAACUAGGUGUAGUCGUCAGCUUACAUUCGCUGUUUUAAGCUAAAUAUUUAAGAUGACUCCCAUAACUCAACCCCAACCUAACCUAACACCACACAACCAGAGCAACUGAAGUGAAAACUCCGGUUAUAGCCCUACGUUUCUGGAAAGCAGAAUUGAUUCGAUUUUUCAGUUUUAGUUUUCUGAGUGACUAGAGAGAGGUUCUCCCAUUGUACGGGUCGUUGUCUAGAACUUGUUUCAAGUGGAGCACAGGCAGUGGGAAAAUGCAAAGUGGCUGGUCAGUUCCUGACAGUGAUGGGACAGCUUUUACCCCUAUGGUGGUCCUGGAGCUGGCCCCAGACACCAAUGAGGAGGCCAUCAAAUGGUUGCUAAGCAGGAUACGAGACAGGGAGCAGAACGGAGGGGUUGAGUUGUUGUUGGAGCAAACGCUCACCGGAGGCCACGAUGGUCAGAAGGGCAACCCUAACGUCUUCCUGGUUGGCUCCACCCUGGAGAGGCUGCUUCACGGAGCGGAGGAUGUAGGCCUCUUCAAGGAGUUCAACGAUGGCUCUAUGCGCGCCUUCACCUACACCAACAAAGACAACUUCAAAGACUUCCAAGGUGAUGGAGACAGCCUUCUGAGCGUGGCAGAAUGCCAGUACAUUAUUAAACACAAGCUGGACACUUUGAGAGCCAAAGAUGAAGCCAAUGUGCCUGGAUAUCCCAAAGCCAAGCUGUACCCUGGGAAAUCCAUUAUUCGCAGGUUACAAUCCAAAGGGAUUCUCCUCCAGGUGUUCCCUCUCCACGACAAAGAGGAACUCAAAAGACUGUCAUUCUCCUGGUAUAAAAAGGUCAAGUUCUCGUCAAGUUCAAGUUUUCAGCCUCUCAAUGACAUCAGGCGCUACUUUGGCGAGGGCCUGGCUCUCUACUUUGGCUUCCUGGAGUACUUCACCUUCGCCAUGCUGCCCAUGGCCCUCAUCGGCAUCCCGUACUACCUGUGGGACUGGGAGGACUACGACAAGUACGUGCUGUUCGCCGUGUUCAACCUCGUGUGGUCCACCGUCUUCCUGGAGGUGUGGAAGCGCAGCAGCGCCUCGCUGGCGUACAGCUGGGGAACGCUGAGCCGCAAGAAGGCCUUCGAGGAGCCGCGCGCCGGCUUCCACGGGGUGCUGGGCUUCAACCCCGUCACGGGCCGCAAGGAACCCGUCUACCCCAACAGCAAGCGUCAGCUGAAGAUCUACCUGCUGUCCGUGCCUUUUGUGCUGCUCUGCCUGUACCUGUCCUUCUACAUCAUGAUGAUCUACUUUGACAUGGAGCAUUGGGCACUGGCACUGUAUGAGGUGGAGCCCAACUUCUGGACGGGUCUCUUCCUGUUUGUGCCCAGUAUCAUCUACGCAGUGGUCAUCGAGGUGUUAAACCUGCUCUACCGCUACGCUGCAGAGUUCCUCACAGACUGGGAAAACCACAGACUGGAAUCAUCAUAUCAGAAUCAUCUUGUGUUGAAAGUACUGGUGUUCAACUUCUUCAACUGCUUCGCAUCUCUCUUCUACAUCGCUUUUGUCAUGCAAGACAUGGUGCUCCUUCGUCAGAGCCUGGCCACACUGCUCAUCACCUCCCAGAUCCUCAACCAGAUCAUGGAGGCCUUCCUGCCGUACUGGCUGCAGAGGAGGCGCAACAAGAAGGCCCACAAACGCCUCGUGAAAGUCAUGGGCGAUCGGGAGCUGCCGCUGCCAGAGCAGGCUCAGCUGGAGUCAGACAUGAGCACGUAUCUGGGCACGUUUGAUGACUACCUGGAGCAGUUCCUUCUGUUUGGGUACGUGAGCCUGUUCUCGUGUGUCUACCCCUUGGCUGCGGUGCUGGUGGUGCUCAACAACAUCACAGAGGUUUACUCAGAUGCCUUCAAGAUGUGCCAUGUCUUCAAGAGGCCUUUCGCAGAGCCAGCCUCAAACAUCGGAGUGUGGCAGGUAGACAUAGAUUCUCAUGCAAUAGUAUCUAAAGGUAUAGAUAUAUACAGCCCAUUGCUGUUAUUCAAAAUGAACAAUGACAUUAUUUUUGUUUUGAUGUCUUCUGAUUUGCAGCUGGCGUUUGAAACAAUGAGUGUGAUUGCUGUUGUGACCAACUGUGCCCUGAUUGGCCUGUCUCCACAAAUGAAGGCCUACUUCCUGGAGUCAGACACCCAGCUCAUUCUCCUCGUUGUGUGUGUUGAGCACAUCCUCCUGGCUUUCAAAUUCAUCCUGGCCUUUGUGAUCCCAGACGUCCCCAAGCAGAUCCAGAUCAAGCUGGCCCGCCUGGAGUUUGAGUCCUUGGAGGUUCUGAAGAAAAAAAUGCGACCCCAUUUACGAAAAUCUUGGAGACCUCGGAGAGCCCAAACACUGACAAGUGAGGAGGAGGAGGAGGAGAGACAUCGCCAACCCAGAUACUGACGCCAAAGAUCUUCUUGGAAGUAUUAGACAAUAGUGGAUGGUGUUUACAGUACACACUGAAUGCACUCCGUGGCCCAAACACGCUGUUCUACGCCGGCUCCUCACAGCUUUCGACUGUUACCAAACCUAGUUAGAAUCCAGAGGCCUUUGCCUGCUUCUGCAGACUUUAAUGUUUUGUUCCGUUUGGUUUUAAUGCAAAAUAAGUGAUCCAGUUUGUUGUAAUGGACAGCUCACGCCCCAUUGGUGAGGUAGAGCAUGUAUAAUCUAAACUCUUAUCUUAUACUGCCUAAUAAUAUGCUUGAGGCGCAGGGGUUUGGGUGCUUCACAAGGCUAGCCGCAUUCAUUUGCAAAAAAAUGGGAUCCAUCUUGUUCUUUUCUAAAAAUGGACUCCACCAAAUCAAGGAUCUUCAAAGAUAGAGCAUGAAUAACCCUUUUAUCUUCCUCUGCAGACACGGUCAUCUUUACUGUGGGGUUGGAAAUCUCCAUAUCAGAAGCGGCCCUCUAAAUAUAGUCCUUUUUUAAACAAAUGAUUUGCAAUGCAUAGCUCAGGAACACGGACACAUCACCACUCCCUGUAGACCGCACUAGCCUCACCAAGCAUUACACAGCACUUCCUUAUUCUCUCACCAAGAACCCAAAAUACAUCAAUAUUAAAAUGGUUUGUUGUUGUUUGAGCACGGAAUAUACCAUUGUUGCACUGACAAGAAAAGACUUAAUCGUUUAUUUAUUUUUAGACCUUAUACUCAAAUGUCAGGCAAUGCCUUUAAAUGUCACCAUAUCAAGUGUUACAGUAUCCUGGUCCUCAGACAUCGUGCAAGAUAUCACUGGCAAUUUUCACAGAACUUGACACUGGAGGUAUACAUGCUCUUCCUUGGUUGGAAUAAAUGUAUAAAAGGUAAUAAAUGUGUCCUGAGA